GCAAGUGAGAAUUGAGUACCAGACUAAGUUUAAGUUUCCAAGAUGGCGGCGCCCAGUGGGAGAGGGAACAUUUCUCUCGGUUUGAAGAAAUUGGGUGCAUUCAUCUUGACUAGACUGCCUUUUGCUUCUGCUGUUGUUUUUGCUUUGCUCUGCCAUGAACGGGAGAGUAACGAAAGGCCGCUGGGGUAUCCCCAUAUAGUCAUCUACAUCCACGUAGCCCUCCUGAUGCUGGAAGGAAGCAUGAUGUCCUUCGCUACCCAGCGAUCUCUGUUUGCCCUGAUGUGUGCCGUGCAGAUCGCCGUCAUGAUGCUAGUCACGCACACCAGCCCUUCAUUGCGGUACAAACCGUGGCUCAUGAUCCGGAUGCUGUCCCGAGACCUGGGCGUGAUCGGCUCCUACCUAAUCCUCGCCAGCCGCACCCACGAGGAGCUGAGCCGCAGGUACCGCCUGGCCAAGUUGUACCCCCUUGGGCGCAGCCUCCUGGCUUCCUACUUCAUCGUCCUCGCUUUCCAGCUCAACCGAGAGGCGGUGGAGCAGGACGCCUUCGUCCAUCACAUCCCCGGCGGCAUCGUCGCCGUCUCCGCGUUCUGCGGGGCCUGCAUGGUGUGCAGCCUGAUGUUCCUGUCCCAGUACAAGGUCAAGCCCGCUGUUCGGGUCCUGAUUGUACUCGGGCUGUUGUUCACGGUGAUGGUGGAUCUGGAUUUCAAGUAUUGGAAGCGGCGGCACGUGGAGUAUUGGAAUCAAGUGACCAUUCUGGUGAACGACUUGGGCAUGGUGGCAAUGUUACUGUUGCUUGCGACUUAACCAUUGCUCUACUAGACCCUACAGGACCCUAGAUAAUACCAUUUAUUAGUAAGUGAAAGUUAAGUUUGUUGGAAAGGCCUUCUUUCGUUAAUUUCUUCAAAAU